AUGGUCUCAGAAUAUGAUAAAUACUCAACUCCGUUAUCUUCAAGAUAUGCAUCUGAAGAAAUGUCAGCUAUUUUUUCAUUAAGAAAUAGAUUUUCAACUUGGAGAAAAUUAUGGUUAAAUUUAGCAAAAGCUGAAAAAGCCGUUGGAUUAGAUAUAAUUACUCAAGAAGCAAUUGAUGAAAUGUCAAAGAAUUUGGAGAUUACAGAUAAAGAAAUUCAAGAUGCUGCUAUUGAAGAAAGUAAAGUUCGUCAUGAUGUUAUGGCUCAUGUUCAUACAUUUGGUGAAACUUGUCCUGCAGCAGCUGGUAUUAUUCAUUUAGGUGCCACUUCAUGUUUUGUUACUGAUAAUGCUGAUUUAAUAUUUCUUAGAGAUGCUUAUGAUAUACUAAUUCCUAAAUUAGUUAAUGUGAUUGAUAGAUUAAGUCAAUUUGCUUUGGAAUAUAAAGAUUUACCAGUAUUAGGUUGGACUCAUUUCCAACCUGCUCAAUUGACAACUGUUGGGAAAAGAGCUUGUUUAUGGUUGCAAGAAUUAUUAUGGGAUUUAAGAAAUAUGGUUAGAGCAAGAAAUGAUAUUGGAUUAAGAGGUGUUAAAGGAACUACUGGUACUCAAGCAUCAUUUUUAUCAUUAUUUCAUGGUGAUCAUGAUAAAGUUGAAGAAUUAGAUCAAAAAGUUGUUGAAUUAAUGGGUUUUGAUCAUGUUUAUCCAGUCACAGGCCAAACUUAUUCAAGAAAAAUUGAUAUUGAUGUAUUGGCACCUUUAGCAUCAUUUGGUGCUACUGCUCACAAAUUUGCUACUGAUAUAAGAUUAUUAGCUAAUUUGAAAGAAGUUGAGGAACCUUUUGAAAAAUCACAAAUUGGAUCAAGUGCUAUGGCUUAUAAAAGAAACCCAAUGAGAUGUGAAAGAGUUUGUUCAUUAGCUAGACAUUUAGGUGGAUUAUAUUCUGAUUCCUUACAAACUGCUAGUGUUCAAUGGUUUGAAAGAACUUUAGAUGAUUCUGCCAUUAGAAGAAUUAAUUUACCUUCAGCAUUUUUAACUGUUGAUAUUUUAUUAUCAACAAUGUUAAAUAUUACUUCAGGUUUGGUUGUAUAUCCAAAAGUUAUUGAAAGAAGAAUCAAUUCUGAAUUACCAUUUAUGGCUACCGAAAAUAUUAUUAUGGCUAUGGUUGAAAAAGGAGGUUCAAGACAAGAUUGUCAUGAAGAAAUUAGAGUUUUAUCACAUCAAGCUUCAGCAGUUGUUAAACAAGAAGGUGGCGAUAAUGAUUUGAUUGAAAGAAUUAAAACUACGGAGUACUUCAAACCAAUUUGGAAUGAAUUGGAUCAAUUAUUAGAUCCAAAGACAUUUGUUGGUAGAGCACCAGAGCAAACUGAAAAAUUUGUGAAAAAUGAUGUAGCAAAUGCUUUGAAACCUUAUGAAAAAUAUAUUACGAAGGAAAAUGUGGCAUUAAAAGUUUAA